GGAAGACCCGGAGCAGCGGAUUCGGCCUCGAUGGGCGCUGCCGCGCGGGCUCCCUGGGAGCUCGCCUAGGCGUCCUCCGAGGCCGGGCCCCCCACCGCCGCCCCCCGCGGCUGACGCGCUCCCCGCCACCCCUGGGCCGGCGCGCGGGCGCGGGGCUCGCCCCCGGAGAAGGCAGGUGGGGGCAGGGAUCCGGAGCUCGUGCGGCGCCGGCCUGAGGGGCCUGGGCCGCAAGGUGGACGCCGCCGCGACUGCAGCGGCCGAGGCCCAAGGACCCGCCGCGGCGCGGCCCCGGAGAAAGAGGCCCCGCCGCCUCGCCACCCGGCCGGUGCCCGGAGAAACCAGCUCAGAGGAUUGGCGGGAUUUGCCCCAGGUGUCCCACCCAGCAAGCCAGCGCCAAGGACCUGGGUGUUGGCACCUGAGGAAGUAGUUGUCGCCCUCUUGUAUGAAGGCCAGCAGCCAGGGAGCCCUCAGUGACCACGGACCCUCCGGACAGCCACACAGCCGUCCCCGCCCCGCUGCGGCUGCGACAGAGCCAGCGCCAGCUCCAGCACAAGGUCGCUGCCUUCAGGGGGCCCUGGCCCCCCGCCUGGGGUGGGCACAGGAUCCAGCUGACAGACACCCUGGACUGCCGGCUUCCUCGCCUGGGACAGGGAGGAGAAAUCCAACGACUCGGGCCUGAGUGUGGCCUGGAGGACGGGCCGUUGGUCCCAGAAUGCCCCUGCCUGAGCCCAGCGAGCAGGAGAGUGAGAGGAUGAAGACCGGCCAGGAGCCGUCCCCUGAGGCCGGCACAGAUGCCGUCCCUGCAGACCCCACCGACCCCAACGACUCCAACGACUCCAACGAAUACUUCAAUCUGGUCCUGGUGACGAUCUGCAGUGGGGACGAAAAUGGCGUGGUCUCCCUGGCCAAAGACGUGCACAUGACCCUGGAGAUGCCUGGCCCCAACACCCUGGGCGGAGCCCUGCCGGCCGAGGAGCAGGGGGCGCCCGUCCAGCCAAGCCCCCAGGCCCUGGAGCAGAAACGCAGCCAGCCCGACACCGCGGCCCCCAAGCCCCUGGAGUUCCUGAGGACCCCGUUCGGGGGCCGCCUCCUGGUGCUGGACUCCUUCCUGUACAAGCAGGAGAAGGCCAUGGGGGACAAGGUGUACUGGAAGUGCCGCGAGCACACGGAGCUGGGCUGCCGCGGCCGGGCCAUCACCCGGGGCGGGCGGGCCACGGUGAUGCGGGGCCACUGCCACGCCCCGGACGAGAAGAGCCUGGAGGCCCGGCGCCUGAAACAGAAGCUGCUGCGCCCGCCCGAAGGCCCGGCGGACCCCCAGGCUCCCGGGGGCCAGGGGGAGGAGCCCCUCACCGAGGCAGGCCCAGUGCCGGCCCCCGAGGAGCCGGAGGAGCCUGACCCUGAGCCGUACUUCUUGAAUCGAAGCGUGACCCUGCUGACCUUGCCUCUCAGGAGUUUGCCUCUGAAGAAACGCCGACUACUGAUGAUUGAGCGCCCGCCCUUCGAGUUCCUGAAGACCUGCUAUGGGGGCAGCUUCCUGGUGCACAAGUCGUUCCUGUACAAGCGAGAGAAGGCGGUGGGAGACAAGGUGUACUGGACCUGCCGAGACCACGUGCUCCAUGGCUGCCGCAGCCGGGCCAUCACCCAGGGCCAGCGAGUGACCGUGAUGCGUGGCCACUGCCAUCCGCCCGACAAGGAGGCCCUGCAGGCCCGGCGGCAGCAGGAGAAGAUCCUGGAGACACAGAGGCCCAGGCCCAGGCCCAGGGACAAGCUGCUCCAAGGGGUGGACAGCCUGCUGUACCACAGGGGGUCCGGCACCCUGACCCUCACCAGGCCCCGUCCCAAGAAGCACGCGAAGCCACAGGCCCUGCAGGAACCUCCCACCAGGGACCAGGAAAGGGGCCGGGGAGGCCCUGAGUUCCUGAGGACCCCUCUGGGGGGCAGCUUCCUGGUGCACGAGUCCUUCCUCUACAGGCGGGAGAAGGCCUCUGGCAACAAGGUGUACUGGACGUGCCGGGACCAGGCCCGCAUGCGCUGCCGCAGCCGGGCCAUCACGCAGGGCCAGAAGGUGACCGUGAUGCGAGGCCACUGCCACCCGCCGGACCUGUCCGGCCUGGAGACCCUGAGGCAGCGGGAGAAGCGCCCUGGUGUCAGCCAGAGGGGGAACGCAGAAGACACUGAGUUCCUGAGGACCCCUCUGGGGGGCAGCUUCCUGGUGCACGAGUCCUUCAUCUACAGGCGGGAGAAGGCCACAGGCGACAAGGUGUACUGGACGUGCCGGGACCAGGCCCGCCUGAGCUGCCGCAGCCGGGCCAUCACGCAGGGCCAGCGGGUGAUGGUGAUGCGCAGACACUGCCACCCGCCGGACCUGGGGGGCCUGGAGGCCCUGAAGCAGCGGGAGCCGUUCCCCACCCAAGUCCCGCGUGAAGGCUCAGGACCCCCCCAGCCUCUGGAGUUCCUGAAGACGCCCCUCGGGGGCAAGUUCCUGGUGCACGAGUGCUUCCUCUACAGGAAGGAGAAGGCUGCCGGUGAGAAGGUGUACUGGAUGUGCCGGGACCAGGCCCGGCUGGGCUGCCGCAGCCGGGCCAUCACCCAGGACCAGCAGGUGACGGUGAUGCGCGCCCACUGCCACAUGCCUGACCUGGUGGGCCUGGAGGCCCUGAGGCGGCGCGAGCGGCUUCCCGCUGCAGCCCAGAAGGAGGACCCAGAAAAGAUAAAAUUGCUGACUAAAGUUCAACUGCACUUCAAGAGUUACUCUUCUGAAAGCCAGCAGAUUAAUGGGGAGUCUCAGUGAGGCCAGUCUCCUUUCCCACGGGUGUCGCCAGCAUCAAGGACCCCGGCAUUUCCCACCAAAUUAGCUGCUGCUGGAGAAACGCUCUUUUCCACUCUUUCAAACAUCAACAGCCAUCACACCCCUCCAGAGGCCUCCCAGGAGGAACACUCUGAUGGUGACUUCAGGCAGGCAAACGAGUGCCAGGAGCUGGCAGCUUGAAGGCGUGCGUGAUGUGGGGCAGGCCCGGCCUCCACAAGAUCUGAAGAAGCAUCUUCUCACAAAGUCUUCCCUGUUCCGCCGCCCCGAGCCACAAACACCUAUCUGAUUCCGCAGCGUGAGACCUUGCCAAGGACUUUCUAGUUGGGUGUGGCCCUGCUUUGGCCAGGGCACGUUUGGGGAACUUGUUGAUUUUUGGAGCUUAGCUGAACUGCCCUGCCUAGCUCCGGCCACUCAGGUGUUUUCUGGGCAGGUGCCACGUGGGCCUUUGUGCCCGGGGCCACCUGCUGCUGGAGCGCAGCCAUCCCUCACAGUUACUGAGCGGCCAAACCAGAGGCCCCACGACACUGUCAGACUUUUCCCCUCGCUGUCUUUCCAGAUUAAACCCAAUGUCCAUUACCCCCAUGGCAGGGGUCGUUUCUGGCCGUGGGAGCCAGCCCAAUGUCCACAGGAAGUCAGCAUGGACACACUGUGUCUGCCUGAGGCCGCAGUGCCCUCGGCCACCCACACACACACAUCUGAGGCAGGAGGAGAGCAGAGCUGGGCGGCAGCAGAGGCGCAUCUUUCUGCAGCCUGGUCACGGCAGAGAGCUGGCCUAGCCGGUCCAGGGGAGGCAGGGCUGCUGCUUGCUUAAAAGGACGUGUCUUUGACAGCAGGGCUUCAGGCCCUCAUCCUGUAAUUGCAGAGGGAGCACAAGCCGCAGGCUCUCUGCUCUCUCCUGGCAAGCUGGCCAUGGAGCCUGCCACCCAGCCGUGGGACAGUGACAUCUCAGUGUCCCCCCUGCCCCUCUGCUUGUUCAUUUCCCUCAAUAAACCCUAUUUAAUAACUCACCAUGUAGAGCUGGCGUGUAUAUCCACAUCCCCUUUGCAACAACAGAGGCCAUCAAAGCCACGCCCUCCACGUAUCUCAGUGGCACAUGGUCGGAAAAUGGAGUUUGGCCAGCGGCUUCCCUAGUCCUAAGCCCCACAGCUGUCACCUUGGCUGGGCUAUCUGCACCCAGAAGCUGGGGUGCCGUGUGAGAAGAAUCUAAAGAGGAUGCAGGCCUCUCCUGGACAUUCAUAUCGAUGGAGCAGUACACUCACUCUUCACCACACCUGCUUUGACCUUAGAGGACAGACGGAUGGUCCAUGUUGCUCAGACUGAGGAUGCCAGAUGGACAGAAAUUUGCAGUCCCAUCAGCUUGUUCAGUUAGCUACUGAACUCCAGAAGUGUCUUCUAAGUCCCUUCCUCCCUGGCUCUGAAGCCAGAGCUGUCCCUUGCCCAUCACUGUCACAGAGCCCAGUGCAUUGGGCGGAUCCCUCUCUUGAAGCUGGUGUUCCCUCCGCAGACAGCGGCAUCUCAGAGGAAUUGUGCUUUUCUUUCUCCCACUCUGCUGCUAGAUUCCGCCAAUAAACCUUAUUCCAUUAUGGCUGCA